AUGGCCGACGACACCUCCCGCAAAACGUUCAUAAUCAACCACAUGAACACCGACCAUGCGCGCUCCCUCUCCCUCUACCUGCGUGCCUACUGCGGCCUCUCAGCGCGGGCCUCAACAUCGCCUAAACUCGAAGACGUUCGGCUCACCGACAUGGUAAUCUCCGCGCAAGGUUCCCGGUACACAAUCCCUUUCGACCCACCGCUCGCUUCCCUUUCUGAGACCCGCGCCCGAGUCGUCGCAAUGCACAAAGAAGCUCUGAAACGCCUGAACCUCUCCGAUAUUAAAAUAACCCGGUACUCCCCGCCAAAGGGCAGCCAGUGGAUUGGAUUCACGCUUUGUCUCGCGAUACUAGUAGGAUAUUGCCGACGGGGAAAUUUCGAGCCGGGCUCGCUGGUCUACGAAGGACUUGGACUAGCCAAAUACCCAGGUUUUACGGGAUUUAGCUACAAGUGGCAGCCAUGGAUUUGGGGGCCUUUGGCUGUUGCACACGGCUUUGAGGCGCUGGUUCUGUUAGGGUAUAUGCGGCUGAGGAAGUAUGGGGUCCAAGCUUUCUCUGGCUUGUGGUGGACUUGGAUGGUGCUAGGGUUUGUCGAGGGAUUCCCAGCUUGGAUGAGGUUUGAUGGAUUGGUUAGGAGGGCUGAGGCUGAAGAGAAGGAAAAGAGUGGGUAG